AUGACUGCCUGUGCACUCACCUCAUCUCCACCACAUUCAAUCAACACAUCAGCACACCAACGCAACUUCAGCCAUCACUUCGGGGACAACGUCUUCUCCCCGGAGAAGUUUCUGCUGGACUGCGAAGCCCGUGUUCCUUGGGGUGUCCUUCAGGCCAAGGCGGCGUGGACAACUCCCUCGACGCAUUCGAUCGUGCAUGGUCUGGUCGCGCGACCUCUUUCACAACGGACUUUCUCCCGAAAACAGAGUCAAGGCUGCUCCUCCGACUGCAAGAAAAGCCUGGGAGUCUACUACGCGAUGGCGCAACCUCCAACGACUGGGUCGGUCGAGCGUAGUCCCGAUGACGCCGUCCUCCGUCUUGAUGACUUUCCCGUACUCGUCGAAUGGGCUGGGGCCGAUGCUCAGAUGAUCCAACUUGGCGACACCAUCUACACCACUCCAGUGUCUCUCGACUUGAACUUCGAUUCGAUGGCCAAAUCUGUUUCUUUAAGGCUGCGGGUCGUCGUCCAGAUUCACCGCGACUCAAGUAAUAAGACACCGCUGUACCUACAUAUCGGACCUGAAGACAUCAAGACGAUUACUUCCCGAGGCCUCCAUCCAGAACUGGCGGCUUCAAAAGCAAAUCGCCUCGACAUAAGGUUGAAACGGCCCGUGGCCUUGAUCGGUCCUCCGUUCCGGCUGCGGCCAUCCAACAAGGCUCGGGCCGGUGUUGUCAACUCUACGAGAGACCUUGCCAUGCGACGCGAAUUUUCUAUCUAUGUUAAGCAUGGCGUCAUCUCAGAAGCUCAGCACACGGCAAUCAGCCAAGCCGUGUACAGCGAGUACAGUUAUAGUGGACACGCGGACCUCUCCUCUUUGUAUGGAGGCCUCGGGGGCAAGCAAGUCGCGACAAGAGCUGCUGAGACCAGUUCUGCACCCGCGGGUGAUGGGACAGACUUGCCUCCUCCGUCAUAUGACGAGUUGGAGGCCCCUCCGCCGAUGGCACCCCUCUGGCAGGGGUCAGAUCCGGGGCCAUCGAGCAAGAAGCGGCGGUUGAGUAGCCCAGCCGCCGAUCCCACUGCAUCCUUACUGGCCGUAGAGACUAUCUGCAGGAAACUCAUGGCCGAGCAGCAAGCCAAGACGGAGCAGGCCUUGCGUGCUUUGGAGGACAGACUAACCACGCACUUGGACAGCAGGUACGACCGUUUGCAACGCGAGAACCAAGAAGCUCAGCACAAACUUUCCGACGAGCUGAAUUCAAAAAUGAGCGAGCUGAGGGGCCAGGUCGAUGAGUUGAAACAAAAAGUCGACGGACUUGACGAGAACAUGGCUGAAGAGCUAGAAAAGCUGUCCGAGGAGAUCCAAGUGGUCAGCGAUGACAUCGAAAGCAGGGUCGACUUUAGAGUAGACGACACCGCUGUGGGUGUCAAGAUCGAGCUCGAGGAGUUCAUACGUGAUGAGCUGAAAGACGUCGAGGAGGCUGUCAAGGGCAGCCUCAGGCGGGCUAAUGUGAGUAUAGAGUUCGAUGAUUAG